AGCCGCCGCACUGUCCCGCCCACCGGAGGGCAGCCCACGCUUCCCCGCAGCGCCGCACGGAGCUCCGCGGUCGGAUCCGCUGCGGGCGGCGGAGCGGUGCGGAGCAUGCAGCCGGUGGGGGUUUGCACCGCGGCGCUGGGAUCGUUGGGGCUGAUGAGGUUCUUCGGGGUUCCGUGGGUUUGGAGCCUGGCGGCAGCGUUGGGCAUCGGCCUGGGAAGCGGAGGGUGGAGGCUGCUGAGGGUGAUCUGCAAAACGGCGCUGCGGGAUCUCUUUGGCCUCUCGGUGCUGUUACGAGUCAAGUACAAGUUACGAUGGCACCAAAAAAACAACAACACCAUUCCCAAGAUGUUCCAGGACGUCGUCCGCCGGCACCCCGACAAAGUGGCCCUGAUUUACGAGGCCACGGGUGAGAAGUGGACCUUCCAGUGGCUGGACGAAUAUUCCAACGCCGUGGCCAACUUCUUCUACCAGCAAGGCUUCCGCCUCGGGGACGUCAUUGCCAUCUUCAUGGAGAGCCGCCCCGAGUUCGUCGGCCUCUGGUUGGGGAUGGCCAAAGUCGGCAUCGAAGCGGCCCUCAUUAAUUUCAAUCUGCGCUUGGAUUCUCUGGUUUAUUGCAUAACGACGUCAGGAGCCAAAGCGGUGAUUUUUGGAGGAGAGCUGUCCUCGGCAAUAACCGAAGUGAAUGGGAUGCUGGGGAAGAACAUGGCCAAGUUCUGCUCCGGUGACUACAACCCAGAAGUUGUUCCUGCAGAGACCAGGCACCUGGAUCCUCUUCUGAGCACUUCAUCGAAGUCACCACCAACUCAGAUUCCAGCCAAAGGCUUGGAUGAUCGGCUCUUUUACAUCUACACUUCAGGUACAACGGGAAUGCCCAAAGCUGCCAUUGUGGUGCACAGCAGGUAUUACCGCAUCGCUGCCUUUGGGUACUAUGCCUACAGGAUGCACCCAAAGGACAUCCUCUACAACUGCCUUCCGCUCUACCACUCCGCAGGUAACAUCAUGGGGGUCGGCCAAUGCCUCAUCCACGGCCUCACCGUGGUCAUCAGGAAGAAGUUCUCCGCCAGUCGCUUCUGGGAUGACUGUGCCAAGUACAGAUGCACGAUUAUUCAGUAUAUCGGGGAAAUCUGCAGGUACCUUCUGAACCAGCCGGUCCGAGAGUCGGAGACGCAGCACUGCGUGCGGCUGGCGGUGGGCAAUGGGUUGAGACCCACCAUCUGGGAGGACUUCACCAAGCGCUUCCGCAUCAAGCAGAUCGGAGAGUUCUACGGAGCCACGGAGUGCAACUGCAGCAUUGCCAACUUGGAUGGGAAGGUCGGUGCCUGCGGCUUCAACAGUCGGAUCUUGCCCAACGUUUAUCCCAUUCGUUUGGUGAAGGUGAAUGAGGACACGAUGGAGCUGAUCCGUGAUUCCAGGGGGCUGUGUGUCCCGUGUCGCCCAGGAGAGCCAGGAUUACUCGUAGGUCAGAUAAAUCAACAGGAUCCCCUGCGUCGCUUCGACGGCUACGUCAAUGAGAGUGCCACCCACAAGAAGAUUGCUUACAAUGUGCUCCAGAAGGGGGACCAGGCCUACCUGUCAGGAGAUGUGUUGGUGAUGGAUGAGCUCGGAUACAUGUACUUCAGAGAUCGCAGCGGAGACACUUUCCGAUGGCGAGGAGAAAACGUCUCUACUACAGAAGUGGAAGGGAUGUUGAGUCACAUCCUCAACCAGACAGACGUCGCGGUGUACGGAGUGGAAGUGCCAGGGGUGGAAGGAAAAGCUGGGAUGGCAGCAAUCGCAGAUCCUAAAACGAAAGUGAACCCCAACAUUCUGUACCAGGAGCUCCAGAAAGUUCUGCCUUCCUACGCCCGGCCCAUCUUCCUCCGUCUUUCACCCCAGGUUGACACCACAGGCACUUUUAAGAUCCAGAAGACCCGCCUGCAGAGGGAAGGCUUUGACCCCCACCAGACAUCGGACCGGCUGUAUUUCCUGGAUGUAAAGCUGGGGAAAUACGUUCCGUUGGAUGAAUGCCUUUACGCCAGGAUUUGCUCGGGGAAAGUCGCCUUAUGAUCUUACCUGGAUCGAACCUUGUGAGGAAAACAACGAUUAACUGAAAAGAUGAGGCUUGUGGGAAGCUGAUACGCAACGUGAGACCCUCCGACAGCGAAAGCACCAGCAGGGAAACCUCUCUUGGGGUGUUGCCCUCACCUAAAGCACAUUAACCCAGCGAGCGCUGACCCAUUAACCCGCUGCCACACUGACAGAGAGGAUUUUUUGUGACUGCUCCCCACUGCUGUGCUGUCAGUGGGAGAGGUUUUGUGGUGAUAUUUAUGGACGUGCCCCACACGGGUUUGUUUGUGCUCCGUCUGUGGACUGUACUUAACGAGUUAGGCUUUUAACAGAGCAGUCUUUAAUUGCGUUAGGUCAUGUUUUACCUUAACGACGCCUGGAAAUCUCACACGUGCCAAGCCCUUAGGGCUGGGAGUUACGGACAUGAGGGGUUGAGGCCUCUGAGCUCGGAGCAGGCUUUGGGGUGCAGGGAGGUGGAUGGAGAGCAGCCGUGCUGUGAGCGAAGCCUGAGGAAAUGUUAAUGAGUGCUGCUGA